GGGUGCAGGGCCCAAGAACUUGGGCCAUCCUCCACUGCCUUCCCGGGCCACAGCAGAGAGCUGGCCUGGAAGAGGGACAACCAGGAUGGAAUCCAACGCCCCAACCGGAACUAGAACCCGGGGUGCCGGUGCUGCAGGCGGAGGAUUAGCCUAUUGAGCCGCGGCGCCGGCCUCUAAAUACUGUCUUUGAAGAAUAAUUAUUUCUUGAUUCUUUGAUUUGGGUGCAAUCAAAUAAUUAUGAGGCUGUAUCCAUGUACCAAAUAUAAAACCUUUCUGAAAACACUCAACUUAAAAUGUGAUGGUAUGUUUUUUAUUCCAUGAUGAUGGCCUGAAAUCACUUAAGCUUGAGCAGUGCAUUGAGAGUUUAUGGUUAUCACUAACGUCAGAAAUCCAUUGAGAAACAAAGACAAGCAGGCAAGUAGAGAAUAGAGACUGUUGGUAAAUAAUGGCAUUAAAGGAAAGCCUAGACUUGUGAUCGUAGGCUUUGAGGCUUCUCUGUGGAAUCUGGGGCAUGGGUUAUGAAUCAGCCAGUAUCUGCUUGCAGACCGUGGUGUCUGGCCUUCAGAUCCUGCACCUGAGGGGUACCUGCUACCCGAGUUUGAGAACUGGAGACUUGCAUGUACAGUGUUAUGGGUAGAGCAGUGCUGGCUUCUGCAAUUACCUAGAAGUCACAAGGAAAAACUGCAAAUUGGCCACUAGGUGCCGCUUUUCCUUUUUUAAUAGUGCUUUGUUUUCAUUCAAAGAUUAAUUUUUCUAGGUCCAUGGUGCCUGUGAGAGGCCUCUGGGACUUUCACGCUUGGGAGAGUUCGGCGUCUCUGCUGUGGGUGUUUUAUGAGAAAAGCUUUCCAGAGGAAGUCAAGGAGGACCCUGCUCACACAGAGAGCAUUGGCUUGGGGAGCUUUCCAGACGUGGUGCAGGUCAGAGCUGAACUUGGGAAGCCUGUGCAGCCUAGCACAUGCUUUCCGGUGUGUUUGAGCAUGGGUCGUGUGUGUGUAUCACCACUCCUGCCUUCCUAAGUUGAGGGAUAGCUUUUACAGUUUUCAGCUCUUUGCCAUUUCACUUGUUCUUAUCUGUGUACUGGUAUUUUUAAAAAUGUUUUGGUAAAUAAUGAAGAGUGAAAUUCAGUUAUUUUUUAUGAUAAUUACCGGUUUGUGGUUUUUCUAAUUUAAUAAACAAGCCCCUGGGAAGUAUCCUUUACUACUUUCCGAUAUGGAAACAUCAGUUAGGGAAGCAACCCCAUGCUGUCCAGCCACGGGACAGAGGGGUUUGUUGAGCUGUGGUACUGUACACAUUUUCCACUCUGCUCAUCAGGGUGUGCUUGCUGCUGUAAGAAUUGCAAGAGCUCGAGGUCUUAACCCAGUAAAACUUUUUUCUGCUCACAUCCUGUCCCGAUAUCCUCGGCACUGCCUGUCCCUCUGACUCCUCUCUCUUGCCACCUCUCAUCUCUGCUUUCCUUUGAGGUGGUCUUACCCCUGAUGGGUCCUGUCCCCGUAGUGAUGCUCAGAAGCUCCAAGCACAUAUCCCUAACUGGCAGUCUCAGGGGAAAGGCAGCUUGUCUGUUUUUUGGUAAUGUACACCACUGUGACUGUUGAGUGGGCCUCUGCAUCAGUUUGGCUCACGUUGACUGUUCCUGUGUCUAGCAGGCAGCAGUAUGCAGACUGGCCAGGCUUUGGUCCUGUGCCCAACCCUGGAUUGAGCCAGGUGAGCAGGCCCUGAUGGAAUGCCAAGAACAGCAUGUUGGACUCUUUCCAUCUUUACCAUUGCCCACAGAAGAGCAUGUUUGGUGGAAGCCACACAAGGCAUGCAUAUGAAGCCUAUUGCAGUAAGUAGUAUGACUGCACAGAUGAAGAGAGCCACUUACAGAGGCAGGACUGCAAGGACUGAGGGCCGACUGGAGCAAAAGGCAUGCUCAUCUUGGGCUGUGCUCUCAGAGGCAAUGGAAAAGGCAAGGGCGCCUUGGUCCUGGACACAGCGGUUUCAUGGGAAGACAGGAAAGCAGCAACCACAGGACCUGCUGCUUGCUGAUUUCAGUGUACCAGGGUGCUUCCAAACAUUCACGGGCUUAGCCCCCUUUUACACGGCGUGAGGAGCACAGCGCGCGCUGUUUCCGCAGUACCCACUCUGCACCCUGUGUCUGCCUCCUGUCACCAGUUCUGUGAUUCUACGAUUCUAAUACCUGCACUCAGGGAACAACUGAUGACCACUUGACGGCAGGGUGCCUUCACAGAAUUCCUGCUCCCACAUCUGGACGGGGAGCCAGACAGAAGCCUCACGGCCUGGGUGCCCCCUCAGGAACGGAUUCGCUGCCUUCUCCGAGCCGCGUGGUUGCUGACACGGUCCAGCCUUCAGGCCGGUCCAUUCCCUCCUCAGCCUUCACGCUGAGGUCACGUUGUACUGGGAGCAGCCGACCAGAAGCAGAGCAGAGCAGUGGCUCUGGGGCCUGGCCAGUCCUGCUCAGCUUGGUCGCUCCAAAGCCUUGUUUGGCUGCAAGGAUUUUCUUAGUCUGCCCCUGCUCCGUCUGUUGGCUCCUUAUCCCCGCCUUUUACCUUUGUAGCAGUUGGUCACUGCUAAACUUUUCUGUUCUCCUGACAGUCUAGGGGGUCUGGUUCCUGGGUGAUCUGAGACAGGUUACAGCAUUUCUUAAUUGUCUGUCGAUCUGUCUGUAUCAUCUUUACCUGUCUGUCUAGACUUAUCUGUCCAUCAUCCAUAGCUAUCUAUCCAUCUAUCAUCUACAUCUAUUUCUAUAUUUAUCAUCUGUCUACCUACCUUCCUAUCAUCUGUGUCUAUCUGUGUUUCUACUGUAAGUACCACAAACAGUUCACAUAUUCCUUUCCCCAAGAAAAGCAGCUGUCAUGAGGAAAGUCCAUCAAAAGGCAGAAGGACCUCAGCUUCAGAGAUGAGAUCCAGGAGCGCAGAGGAGAGAAGACGACAGGUGCUGGGAGCCUUUCCUGAAGGACAGUGGUCUGCACACAGAGGCCCUGGGACACCAGUGCUAAAGAAAUGGCUGUCUCGCCCACAAAUCUGAAGGGCGAGACAUCUCUGCUGAGACAGACAGACGAGAAGGAACAGCUGCCGACUGAGAAGAAUGAAGGCUGUCUCCAGAAACACGACACAGGCGAGGGUGCAGCCAAUUUGCUCAGCGAAAUGACUGAAAUGGACCACUUCUUGGGCAGAUCAGAUGAUGAGGAUGUCUUCUCUGAAAAUCCUCACCCAGACGUUCCUCCCGAGGGGAACAGGAAGACAUGGGACAUGGCGGAGCUGGGAACUGAGCACGCCCGGGCCCCACCGAGGGGGCAGGAGGAGCAGGAAGCAGACCUCGCUGACAAGGACCCUCAAGCAUCCACAUCUUUGCAGUUUUCAGAGAAGAACUUCUCAGAAAUGAGCCAGGAGAACAUGUUCCGCAAGCUGAACUACUGGAAUGCAAAGAUGGGCCUGCAAGUGAGAGAGCUCGGGGCCGAUCACGUUGACUGGAUGGAGAAAAUCAACAAUAUCAUCCAAAAAAUAAACCUAACAGAAAACACAGUGAAGAGCUUAUUGAAGGAGGUGAUGUUCCUGGAGGGUCAGACUGAGAAGAUGGAGGACCAGGACCUCGAUCCUAACCAGGGGGCCAACAUCGAGGCAAAGAUCAUGGAAAUUAGAAAACAGUUGGAAGAAAUGGAUAAGAAAUUUGCCCAGGGGGAUGCUUGUGAUGAAGCUCAUGAAUUAAAGGAAAAACUCAUUGGGGGAAUAGAGUUGGUUGCCCUUUUUUCUCAGAACUUUUGUAAGGACAUGACCCUGCUGAACAAUAAGCUGGGGAUGUACCAGACCCAACAAGGGAAAACAGACUCGGACAGCUCGGAAGAAACGAGUGUGGAAGGAAGAGAGCGGCGGCUUCUGCAGGCUCGGCCUCCUGCCGGGGUACAGAGCUCACCUGCCCAGGUCACAGCGUGGAAACGUGCCCUGAGAAUCUUCAUCAUUGUUUACGUGCUCACCUUCACUGGGAUUUCGUGUUACAUGCUGUUUUUUGAUGCUACGUUUAUCUUCGAAAGAGUGCUCCCUACGGUGCUGGGGCGGCACACCAUGUGGGAACUCCGGGAGAUCAUUGCGCCUUUCCUGAAUUUGGAAGUGGAAGACUUGUUACCCUCCUAAAGGGACAGAAGCUACUGCCACCCUCUGACUUUCUCAAUAAAAUCCCGGCCGUUCCUGAG